AGUAGGUCGAAGGAAAUCAAACUACCUGCCUCGGUAGCCCCUGUCUGCACGCACCUAGGUUCUUGGAGGCCGCUGGAGUUCGCUGCACUGUGAAACCCUCCGUAUUGCAUCAUGUGGCUCGUCUCCUCUUCCUGUUAUGCAAUGGGCUUCUCGGCAUAAUUUUUCUUGUCUCUCUUUUCAGAUCACAGACCUGUGCGGCGCAAAGCGUGUUGGCUAUUUUGGGCCGACACAGUUUUACGUGGCCCUGAAAUUAAUUGCGGCGGCCCAGUCGGGCCUCCCGGUGCGGAUGGAGAGCGUGGCGUGUGAACUGCCCCUGCCUCGCUUCAUGAUGUCCAAGAACGAGGGAGAAGGACGAUUCGGGAACCCGGCUGAACUACAUGGAACUAAGACACAGAUUCCAUAUUUAACGUCAGAAAAAAGCACACUCAAAAGACCGGAUGAAGGGGACAAACAGCAGGAAGCACAGUCCCCGGCGAUGUCACCGCUGGCCUCCCCUCCGUCUUCCCCGCCUCAUUACCAGAGCAUGCCCUUGAGCCUUGGCUACAGCCAGCUGCGGAGCAGCACUGAACAGAUGCAGCCAGCUCCUUAUGAAGCCAGACCGUCUCUUGUCCAACCUGAAGGAACCUUGUCUGGGGGCCCUGGUGCAAAGCCCCCUCGUCUCCAGGCUACUCUUAUUCGGUCCUUUUCCGUGGAGCGAGAGCCACAGGAGAGCAAUUACCCAGACGAACCCUGGCGGAUAACAGAGGAGCAGCGGGAAUACUACGUCAAUCAGUUCCGAUCCCUGCAGCCUGACCCAAGUGCUUUCAUUUCAGGUUCUGUGGCUAAGAACUUCUUCACUAAAUCAAAGCUUUCCAUUCCAGAACUCUCCUAUAUAUGGGAACUCAGUGAUGCUGACUGUGACGGGGCCCUGACCCUGCCUGAGUUCUGUGCUGCGUUUCACCUCAUUGUGGCCCGGAAGAACGGCUACCCGCUGCCCGAGGGCCUGCCGCCCACUCUGCAGCCAGAGUACCUGCAGGCAGCGUUCCCUAAGUCCAAGUGGGAGUGUGCAUUGUUUGAUUCUUAUUCCGAGUCAAUGUCAGCAAGCCAACAGUCCCGGGACGUGCAUUGGAGUGAGAAGGCAUCUGCCAAAGACAUGGCUGACUUCCCGGUUCCUGCCCAAGAAGUGACUCUUGAUGAUAAACAAGCUUCAAACGCUACUACGGACGAAGCCUCACCAAAGGAUGUGUCUGAGGAUCCAGCGACUCCUAAGGAUUCCAACAGUCUCAAAGCAAGACCAAGAUCCAGAUCUUACUCUAGCACCUCCAUAGAAGAGGCCAUGAAAAGGGGCGAGGACCCUCCCACCCCACCACCGCGGCCACAGAAAACCCAUUCCAGAGCCUCCUCCUUGGAUCUGAAUAAAGUCUUCCAGCCCACUGUGCCAGCUGUUAAGUCAGGAUCGCUGCCUCAACCACCUGCACUCCCUCCGAGACCCUGUCCAUCACAGGUUUCCCAGCACAAUGUGAGCAGUGAGCCUGGUGCUCCGCCUAAGCCUUCGGCCCAGCUGGCCAACUAUGGGGAUUUCCGCCUACAGGAGCAGUCUGAACAACCGGCCGAGGCCGAGGCCGAGGCGCCCCCACUGUCGAGCAGAGGCCCCACCCAGGCUGCGGAGGGUAGUCCUGCCAAGAAGGAUAUACCACAUGCUCAGCCUCCAUCAAAGCCCAUCCGCCGGAAAUUCAGACCUGAGAAUCAAGCUCCAGAGAACCCCGAGCACCCUCCUGCUGCUGGGGGACCAGCUUCUGCCCCAAGUGUGAAAGCCCAUCCCACAGUGCAAAAACAAUCUUCCAAACAGAAGAAGGCGAUUCAGACUGCGAUCCGCAAAAAUAAAGAGGCCAAUGCCGUGCUGGCCAGGCUGAACAGCGAACUCCAGCAGCAACUCAAGGAGGUUCACCAGGAACGGAUUGCAUUGGAAAACCAACUGGAACAACUUCGCCCCGUCACCGUAUUGUGACUGACUCCUCAAGGUUCCCAUGACCCUCCUUGCCAAGACCGUCCCUGCAAAUGUUUCAACCCAACUCCUGCCCUAGAUGUCCGUGUUCAGAGCUGCGAGCAGCCGAAGUAGAAUCCAUGUCACCUUUUCUCUUGCACUUCACCUGUACAUUAGACUGCGAUGGGGAAGAAAAAGAGAGAAAGAGAGAGUGGGGAGACAGAGACACAGAAGAGAGCGAGCGAGCACUUCAACUGAUGGUUACAGUGAAAUGUCAAUUAGCAGUAGAAUUGUAUCCCCCAUUCUGAGUACGCCUUCGAGAUGUUAGCUUCUGCUCCUUACCAAAAAUCAACCUUCUAGCAAACUAAAAAAAAAAAAAAAAAAAAAAAAAACCCCUUAGCGUAUUCUUUAGCUAAAGAAGUUAUGGUUUGUACAAGCAUCUUAUAGCCAAGUACCUUCAGGAUGCUUGUUUUAUUUUGGUAUGUCUAUCACACACAGUAGGUUGGCUUCCUGAAUAAUUUGGAUUCCAACUGGAGAGUCCCUGGCAUGAGGAUACUAAAAAAACACACCCGGAAAAUAACACCGCAGCGUUGGAUUUAGACUGGCGCUCUGCCCUCCACCACUGUCUGCCAAAAAUUGCUUCUCGAGUGCCAUUUUGAUAUUAUAUCUACGUAUAAAUAAUACAUGGCUAUUGUUUUCUAUUGAAGGUCAAAGACUUAUUGGGUCUUUGCACCUCUGGAAAGCAGAGGUUUGGGCAAUGAUCUGUUUAACUUGGCCAAGAUGGGCUGUCAACCCAGAUAACUCAGUCCUUUCAUGUAAAUUUUUGGGCAUGAGCAAUCUGUUUUAACUGCCUCGCCCUAUAAAAUUAAAUAAAUAGUUGCCAGAUCUCGACUUUUA